AGGUUGCUUGGAUCACUGCCCCGCCUCGGCCGCCCCACCUUGGGCCUGACCCCUCCACCUGCUGCGGCCUUGGAUAUGGCAGGUGGAAGGCUGCCAUAUUGCAGCCAUCUUUCCCUAGAAACUCUUGCCUCGGCUUUCCUUUUCCCCAGUUAACUCUCGACCACCUAAAGAUUUGGAAUCUUCUAGGGGGAUUGAAUUUUUUUCUUUUCACAUUCUAAUUAUUACCCCAACGUUGUGUCGUCACCCCAUCCCCAAAGUUCAGGUAUCCGAGCUCGAGGAAGGCAGACAAACUGGCUGGAGCUUCCCAACACCAUCUUCACCGAGCUACCUACGCGUCGAACCCUUCCGCUACACAACAUCUGACAGCCUAGAAAGGAAAGUACCAUCGUGGUAAGAGCAACCCCAGGUGGUACGAAAAGUCACAUAAAUACUUCAAAAUGGCGUCGCAAAAACGCAUUGCCAAGGAACUGAACGAGUGCAUGAGCAGCCCGCCCGAGGGCAUGACGGUGGAGCUGGCGGACGACGAGGACGUGCACAAGUGGCACGUCACGCUGGCGGGGCCGCCGGGCAGCGUGUACUCGGAGGGCAAGUUUGGGGUCGUGGUGUCGCUGCCGAGCGAGUACCCGUUCAAGCCGCCGACGGUGACCUUCGCGACGCGCAUCUACCACCCCAACGUGACCAACGACACCCUGGGCAACAUCUGCCUGGCGGCGCUCAAGCCCGAGGCCUGGAAGCCCGCGACCAAGCUGCGCGCCGUGCUCGAGGCGGUGCGCUCGCUGCUCGUCGAGCCCCAGCCCGACGACCCGCUCGAAGGCCGCAUCGCCGACGAGUACCGCAACGACCGCGGCGAGUUCGAAAAGAACGUCCGCGCCUACAUCCAGCGCUAUGCCAAGGGCGCCGCCAAGUUCGAUGCCGCUCCCCCCACCGCCGCCGCCGGUGCGCCCGGCAACUCGAAUGAGUAGCGCAGACAGGUCUACAUACAUGCAGCCAGCUGCAGAGGGCGAUUUCAGAAAGAAGAAGAAAAAUGUCAUAAAUUAAUGUAGCAUCAUGCUACGCGCACAGAUGGCCAGGCCCGGCCAGACAUACGAGAAAGCUGGAGUGAGCAGUGGUGGGGAACAGGAACAGGAACGGGAACGGGAACGUGAACGGGGAUGGGAAUGGGAAAGGGCGUUUAUGCCCAAGAGUGGCUGGGCUCUUUCACACACACAUUUUGGAGCGAAACAUGGAGUUUACUUUUUUCAUGCACACAUCAUUCUUGUCUCAUAGUUGAUUCCGGGGACGCAUCGGCUAGCACUAGGUUUUUUUUUCCCUCCCACCUCGCCAUCUUCGACUGAUAAAUACUACCUAGGUAUAUCGUAGGUCAAAGACGCGACUAGUAUCGAUUGAGCGGUAUUCUGAACGUGCGAGAUGGCCUUUAAGGUGAGGUAUCGUAUGACGACAUGUUCUAC